ACGACCGAUAUGCGCGACUGGGGGAUCCAUGUGAGUCGCAGAAACAAAGCGCUGAAGAUAUGGAUGUCGGUGCGACUGAAUGGUUUGGAAGGACUGCGAUAUUAUCUCAACUAUACGGUGGAAAUGUGUAACUAUUUCGAGUCUCUAGUGGCGAAGCACCCACUGCUCAAAAUUUUCUCAAGAAAACUAGCUUUCUUCACUUUUUACUACGAGGAACAGGGGAGUUCUAAGGAGGAAAAUAACAAAUACACAGAAGAUCUCUGCCAGUUCAUCAAUCAGUCUCAUAUGCUUUUUGUAGCUCCCACCAGGGUACACGACAUCAAUCUGAUACGAAUAUGUAUUUCAUACGAGCGAACAGAUCGAAGUGUUGUUGAUGAUUCGUGGAACAUAUUGAAAAAUCUUGUUGAUGAAUUUACUAAUAGGAAAAAUGACCCAUAUCUGCUACAAACAAAAAUGGUUGCUCCCAUACAACGUUAUAGAAGACCAGCACAACCAAGCCGUCUAGAUUACGCCAUCCCUCAAAAUCCAUGA